GUCAAAGCUAUUGCUGAACUGACUUCCGUUUUUCAUGAAACAAAACUGAUCAGAAAAAAAAAAGAAAAAAAAGAGACAAGCACUACUUUCACAAACCCCAACCAGAUGCAGACCUAACAGAAGCUGACUAAUGCAGGGAUUGAAGAUGUCAAGAAAAAUCUGUUUCUGUGUAGCUGUGUGCAUUAUUCUGAGCUCGGUGCACGCUGCACGGAAAACUCUGAACUCCAUCACCGAUCUGAUCAACUGCUCUCUUUCUGAGAACACGAACAUAUUAGAGCUGCUUUACUGGUUUGCCCAUCAAGUUGACAUUGAUGGUUACGUCUGGCUUACCUUUGACCCCAACUCUGACUAUGGCUCACAUCAUUAUGGAAAUUAUGAAAAAAUUCUAGAUCCACUGCCUAGGGGCCAACAAUACUACACAAUUGGUAAUCUUUAUGAAGAUGAUUCAAAAUCACUUCCAUCUUAUGUAAGAAAACCCCAGAGGAGGAAUAUUGACCUUAACAGAGCUCGGAUCAUAAUUAGAGUCAACGUGGGACCUCAACGUAGACAAAUAAUAGACCAAGUGUACAUCACUCAGCACUCUGAUGAAGGAACAGUUUAUGAUCCAAACCAUACAUACAUAAUCACGACCAGCCUUUUACAGGGCAUCAGGCGGAGAGAGAUUUAUGAACUCCAACAACUUGUCAGUAGUUCCCAGAGAGGAAACGCAUCUACACGUCUACACGGAUCGUCCGUUUCGUUCACCCAACAGUCUCAACAUAACCCAAGAACCAACAACAAUGAUUAUGACUUCUGGAAGAACGUCUGCAUCACCAUUCUUAUCUGUAUUUGUAUUUUUGUUCUGCCUUUCUUAGGCAAUAUGAAUAAUAGGAAAUAAGAAGAUAUUUCCAGACACUAUGCCAACCUGUAAAUGUGUUGCUUUGUCAUUGUGGAAAAAAAGCUGGAAAACCUUAAAUUGUAAAAUUUUCUGAAAAUGUAGCUUUUUUAGAACUGGCUACAAAAUUAUUUGUGAUAAAGGAAUCAAUAAAUCUUUUAUAUAAACAUUCUACAAAUGUAAUUACUAGCUUUUCUAUAUAAAAUAAUGCGUACCUCUUUGAAAUCAGUUGUAAUAUUUUUCUAAAAUGUGUGUCACACUCAAAAUGUCCACUCUGUUGUCAUAUUUUUCACUGAAACAAUUGUAGAGACUUGACUCUGAAGCAUUUGAUGGGUGAUUUGUAAAACUGUACUGGAAAUAAAUUUGAACCUAAUCAAGA